AUGGCGGUCAGUGGUGUGUUAACUGGAAGAAGCGGCAAUUUGGUAGAAUUUCGGCAUGUUUUGACUGAAAACAGUCAGAAAAAGAAUGACCAUUUACACUGCCUAUCUCAGUGUCUUAAAAAGCUUCAAAAUGAUGUUAAUUCUUGUUUAACGGACAUCAUUAACCAAGAGACUACAUCAACAGUCCCUGCAAAAGGUAACUAUAAUAUAAUCAUUUCGUUAGGCUUUUCAUUGUUCACUCAUUAGCGCCUUUCCAUUUAAUAUCCAACCCCUCAGAAAAUUUUUUAUUAUGUGUAAUAACUCUCAGAAUUUUUGUUUUUCUCUUACCUCUAAAAAAAUCUUGCCGUGCCAAAUCAGUCGUGUAGCACGGCAGACCUUGUUGAACUUUUAAAAAUAACUCCACCGCUCUGCUGUAACAAAUGCAAUCAGACGUCGCGCUUCUGUCAUGCUUUUGGCGACUUAGUUGUCAACCUGGAAGUGGGGUUGAUAAUGAACCUUGACCUACCACAGGUACCCCAAGCUCACGAGUGAGAAUCGUUGUUGUGUAACAGAAAUAUUAUAAGAGGGGUGACCCGAAAACACUGACCCCCAGUCCAUGGACCCCCCUAUGGACCUGGUCCACAGACCACUGUAUGGACUGGUCCACGGACCCCUCCAAUGGACCCCCCUUUAUGAACCCCUCAUAAAAAGACAAUAAUAAAAAUAAUUAUUACAAUUAGAGAUUUAACUUGCCAUUUGUUUUGCUUUGUUUUUUGUUUUUGUUUCCUCCUUCACUGUGGCGAUGAAAGGAGGACUUGCGUACUACGGAAAAGACCGAUAACUUAGCUAACUUAUGUAUUCGCUGCUGGCUUCCAAUUGCCUCUGCCAUUUUGUUCGGCUCAUUCCUCCUCGUGUUCAGUGACUUUUUCCAGACCUCAAAACUACGGUACAGUAUCAUCCCUUGUUUUCAUGCAAAAGAUUCCUAAAAAAAAUUCAAGUGUAGUAGGAUUCAACCAUCUUUCAUUUUUCUUAAGUUAUUGGACUCAAAUUAUUUUGAUGAAGUGUGAAGGAACACAAGGUGGAUUUUAAAUGACAUUUUCGCUGCUGUUGUACUCCUGUAUCUUGAAUUCUUCAACACAAAAGAGUUUUUAAAAAGCUCUUUCAGCAAAAAAAGAUGCAAUGUACCUAUAAUGCAGAAAAAAUUCUUACCUUCCUUAUUUUUAAGUUUCAUGUUAAUACUUUGUCCAACUCAAUGCUCUAAUACUGAUGUCCACUUGACAGUUGGCGACUUAGUUCCCAAGCCUUUGAACAGGGGUGAAGCUGAGGGUGACCUGGUUAUAUUAAACUUGCUGCCUUUGAUGUGUGGAUUAUUCUGUCUGCAGUUUUUUCCCUCCUCUAUCAGUCAUCACAAAGUCGCUCUGCUGAAAGAUUUGGCAACUAAACACAUAACUGUCAAAUAAAGUAAGGGCCAUAGCUAUCUAAUGGACUUUGGCAUCUUUCUUUGUUGAAAAAGCACUAUUAAGACAAGUCAAUGAACACGCAGGGGAAUGAGCGAAACGAAAUGGCAGAGGCAAUCGGUGGCAGCGAAUGCACAAGGAAAAACACAAGUUAGCUAAGUUAUUGGUCUUUUUCGAAGUACGCAGGUUCUCAUUUCAUCGCCACAGUGAAGGAGGCAACAAUAAAAAAAAAACAAAACAAAACAAAACAGACGGUAAGUCAAAUCUAUAAUUGUCAUUUUUAUUAUUGUCUUUUUAUGGGGGGUCCAUGAUCCGGUCUGUACAGUGGUCCGUGGACCAGGUCUGUAGGGGGGUCCAUGGACCCGGGGUCAGUGUUUCUGGGUCACCCUUUUAAGAGUUUAUUUGUUUAUUUUCCAAGUACGUGCUCUCUAUCUAUACGAUGGUUCUUAUCAAGAGGUCAGCAGCCUUACUAAUGGUAAUAACUAAUAAUAACAAUAAAAUAAGAAUAAUCAAAACAUGUCCAGCUGGGCUCAGAAAGAGUUUAUGGAUUGUACCUCAAUAACAUUCAGGGAUAGGCUGUUCCAGUCCUUAAUGGUAUUUGGGAAAAAUGAUCGUAGGUGAUAGUUUGUUUCAGACGUUGGGCCUUUAUACGAGAGUUUGUGCAUAUGCCUGCUGAAUCAACCAAAAAUGCUAAGAAAACACCAUAAAUUUAGACAAGGACACAAGGUAAGAAAUUCUGAGGUAUUUUUGACCCCUAAAUAAUGAUCACUUAAAUCCCCAUACAAACCCUUAUAAUACUGUUCUCACUUGUGCGCUUGGGGUACCUGUGGACCUACUUGUCAUAGUAAAGUCAUGCAGGGGUGGAUGGUGGACUGCAAGUGCAUAGUAUUUUAAGGAGACCUUAAAAGAUAUACUGCCCACAGGUACAAGUACAGGGAUAUAUUUUCCAUCUGAUAGAGCUUAGUGUUUGAUGAAUUCUGACAAUGGUAUUAUUUCCCUACCCAGUGGGACAAUGAUACCAUUUUCAAAUCGUACACCUCAUUUAAUUUGUGAUCGGGCAGUCUACAUGUAAUUUAUCUCCAUGUAUUACAACAAACAAUGUAUCUAAAGGUGUUUAUUUUUUAUAACAUGAGGACACAUAAUAUAUUUUCUCACAGGAAGAUGACAGGCAGACUAGGCUAUGCUGCUAAAAUUUGAUUUUUGAUGAUGCUCUCAAAACACAGAACUGAUUGCUUUUUCAUGGAGUUCAUCAGCAAUCCUUGAGCCACUAUCAUCACCUUUUAUUAGUUAUCUGUUUAUUGACAAAAUUCUUAUUUCAUGCCUCUGUUAGAAGUAAGUGAUGAAGAAGAUGAUGACAGUGAUGAUUCUGAAGACGCAGAAGGAGCAAACGGAGAAGCUCAGGAACCUCAACCAAAGAAAUUAAGGACCUGA